ACUCAUUUGUCGCACGUUGUAAUGUAUAUUAGAAAUGAUUUACAUUAUUGACGUAUGAUGGCUCGAAGGCAGAUGUAUUACGACGGAAAAACAAUUAAAGAUUGGUCAUGUAGGUGGAGUACAGUCAAGGCAAAUUUAAAUACAAACCAAUUUGAUACUGAACAUCACGAUGUAUCGGACUUAUGGGACGAUCCAAAGUCGUUUUUUCAUUAUCAUCGAAAAUUUGUGAGAAAGUAUCAUGACAUACCACCAUCAAGAACCAUGACUAAGCCGAAAAUGGCGAAUAUCCUACCGUGGUUGAUGACUAUGUCUCUUCUAAGCUUUCGAGAAUAUGCAGAGACUGCUGGACCGAAUGUUCAAAUUUCGCAAGAGUUAGAGGCCCCACCACUACCACAAUUAUCCGUCUCGUCGGUGGACUUUAUUACGCCAUCAACGUCUUCUUUUGAUGAUCCGGCUUUUGGACAAGAAGAACCGCCAUUGAAUAUGAAUUGCGAUCAUGUUAGCAAUCAUAAUUACGAAAAUUCAGUUGGUCAGACAAUUACAGGGAAACCACAUGGAUUUCAAAUAGAUCCAAAUUUAUUGUCAACUCAAAAUAACCAGUUAGGAAAUAAAAAAAAUGAACGAAACAUUCAUGUUUUUAACAACGGUGUAAAUCUAAAUAAUAUUUUACAAUCGUCUAAGGUUAAUUAUGGAAAUCACGCGAAUGAGAGCGAACGAUUUUAUAAUCCAGAACACAUAUUUAAACCUUCAAAAGUAUCUGAUUUUAAAGAUGAAUACGCUGGGCCAGCUAUUCAAUUGGCGUUUUCGUGGAAAACUAUAGAUUAUGAAUUUGACAAUGAAAAUGAUAGAAACAGUUUAAUAUAUGGUGGAACCUUCAUUCCUGAAAAUAAUCUACCACUUGGGUUAGAAGUUUGGAAAGAAAAAAUUUUUAUUAGUCUACCCAGAUGGAAAAAAGGUAUUCCUGCGACACUAACAACUAUUUCUAAAAAAUCAAUUGACAAGAGUCCUAAAUUGAGGCCAUAUCCAAGUUGGAGAUGGCAUCAUUUGGGCGAUUGUCAAGGAUUAACGUCUGUAUUUAGAAUGCAAAUUGAUGAAUGCGAUCGUUUAUGGGUAUUGGAUUCUGGAAAAAUCGACAUUACAACCGAUCCAAAACAAAUUUGUCCACCAACAAUUUAUGUUUUCGAUUUAUAUACCGAUGAAUUAAUUAAAACAUUUCAAUUGCCACAAGAUCAAAUUAAAGAAGAUUCAUUAUAUUCGAAUAUAGUUGUAGAUGUGAGAAACAAUCAAUGUGAUCGGGCCAUUGCAUAUGCAGCUGAUGUGUGGCGUUUUGGUCUUAUAGUUUAUAAUUUAUUCAAUGAUACAUCUUUUAGAAUUCAGCAUCACUUCUUUUUUCCAGAUCCUUUAUCUUCUAGAUAUAAUCUUCAUGGGCUUGAAUUUCAAUGGACAGAUGGACUUUUCGGUAUAGCCUUAACACCCGUUGACGUUAAUGACGAAAAGACAAUGUUUUUUCAUCCAAUGUCGAGUUUCCGAGAAUUUGCUGUGCCAGUUUCAGCGAUAAAUGAGAAAAGAAAUGCGGAUAAAAACUUUGAUAAAUUUGUUCCAGUUGGAAAACCAAGAGCCAAAGAUUAUGGACACUCAUCUGGUUCAGCGAUCGAUAGAAAUGGAAUAAUGUUUUUUAACAUGGUAACGAGAGAUUCAGUAUGGUGUUGGGAUACUAGAAAGGAAUAUAUUCCACAAAAUUUAGGAGUUAUUGGAUCAAGCAAUAUUUCAUUAGUUUUUCCUAAUGAUAUUAGAAUGGAUCACGAAGAAGAUCAAAGUGUAUGGAUUUUAUCAAAUAAGCUUCCUAUGUAUCUGUAUGGUUAUAUGAAUGAAAAUGAAAUUAAUUUUAGAAUUUUAAAAGCUAAUAUUAAGGAAGCAAUUAGAGAUACUGUUUGUGAUCCCAGUUAUAUUGUGCCAGAGUAUAUACCUGGAUAUGAUGUGACUUGCUAAAAUCGUCUCAUUACUAAAAUAUGUAAAAUAUUAAUGUGUAUUAAAAAGUUGUAAUUAAUAUAAUUUUAAAUUUAUACAU